AUGUGCUAUUACAGUAAUACAUAUGAAGCAAGUUGUGACUGUAAACACUUUGAGUGCCAUGAAAUCAUUUGUCGACAUAUGAUCUUUGUGUAUGACCAUUGUGGUGUUUCCAUUGUUCCCGAGAAGUAUAUUCUACGUCGUUGUAGGAAGGAUAUUCAAAGGAAACACACACGAGUGAAAGUAGCUUACCAUGAUCCACUUAAAAUCGAUGAAGCCAGGAAAUAUCACAAAUUGAUGGGGAUGUAUGAACCUAUUUUCUCAAAGGCUUCAGCUUGUAAGGAGGGUGUUGAGGCUGUGGCAGACUUGUUGCAAUUGAUGGACCUCAGAGUCGAUGAAGUGUUGGCAAUGGUUGCCAAAAGACAGGAACAUGGAGCUAAGGAUAAUGAAAACGAAGGUGAGGAUGAUGGCAUACAAGGUGUUGUUCGGACGCCUUCUUCUGUGGCUUUCAACAAGGGGCCUGGUUAUACAAAUACACCAGCCACACAUGCAUCUGGGUUGCGGAAUACAAUCCAUACAUCAGUUAGUGGGUUUGUGGAGAGUUGUGAUGGAUCCGUCCCAACAGUGAUUAAGGAUCCACCGCUGCCCAAGAAGAAGGCCUAUCGUACAACCAACGUGAGGUAUCCAUCUAGCACAGAGAAAAAGGGAAAAGAAAAGGCUGCUAGGGCGAAAAAUGCAGCAAAAAAGCAAGCUGUGGCGGCACAUAACAGUAUGUCAUUGUCAACAAAUGACUAUGUACGAUCGGUUGGAGGGAUUCAAAUGAGGGAUGUGGAUGGUUCCUUAGGGUACUUCACUUCUGUUAGGGGAACAAAUUCUGGUGUUUUUUUUGCAAGUGUACUAGGUACUCCUGUGGUACAUUUAUCGUGCAUGAACUGUACCAUUGGGCAGUUAUCUUCAUGUGUUGAAAAUAGAGGUGGUUACAUGAAUAGUUUCUUGUGA